AUGGACCCACUCUCCGCCCUCCGCGACUUCACAAUCCGAGGCGAGUUGGAGAAGAUCGUCCGAGUCAACGACGAGUUCCGGUUCGACUCAGACUACAGCUUCCCCUGCCACGCCGAAACCGCCUACCGGUCCAAGCAGGGCAAUCUUUAUACCCUCGAAACUCUCCUUUAUUACGUCACCAACCACCACCUCAAGCACACCGACUACAUCCAGAGCGCUCGCACCCAGGGGAUCCCCUCCGUCACUUUCCCCGACCGCAAGCCCCUCCUCGACUACCUCACCGGAAAGAUCUCCUCUUCCGACUCCAUCGAAUUCCUCCUCCCCCCUCAAAAUGACGCCGUCCAUCCCAAACUCCCCAGUCUCGAUCCGAACGUCAACAGCGGCAUCAACAAAGACAGCAACGAUUACGGUACGACUGAUUCUAGGGUUUUCAGUCAAAUUGAGACCCCGGUGGACUACAUGUCGUUGAUUUGCUCCGGGGAGAGGCCGUUGAAGGACCGGGAGGGCUUGUUGGAGUGUAAAGGGAGGAACUUUUACGGCGUUUUGACUUCGGCGACCAAGCGAGAGGAGGAACGACAGCGUAUCGAGUCGCAGCAGAGGAAAGACGGGUUGGUGGCGAAGAGUAGGCUAAUGGGUUCGGACGAGAGGGGUUUGACCGGGUUCGGGGACGAAUCGGGUUACGACCCGAAUCCCAAGCCCAAAUUGCACUUGAAGGGUGGUAAAAUUGGGGAAGGUGUGCCCAUAAUUUUGGUGCCCAGUGCGUUUCAGACGCUGAUUACGAUUUACAAUGUGAAGGAGUUUUUGGAAGAUGGGGUUUAUAUACCAACGGAUGUGAAGGUGAAGCAGAUGAAGGGGGCUAAGCCAGACUGUGUGACGGUGCAGAAGAAGUUCAGUAGGGAUAGGGAUAGGGUGGUAACGGCGUAUGAGGUCAGGGAUAAGCCCUCGGCGUUGAAGGCCGAGGAUUGGGAUCGGGUUGUGGCGGUUUUCGUGUUGGGGAAAGAGUGGCAGUUCAAGGAUUGGCCUUUCAAGGACCAUGUUGAAAUUUUCAAUAAGAUCGUGGGGUUUUUCAUGCGUUUUGAAGAUGACAGUGUGGAGUCAGCUAAAAUUGUGAAGCAGUGGAAUGUAAAGAUCAUCUCGAUUAGCAAGAAUAAGCGGCAUCAAGAUAGAGCCGCGGCAUUAGAGGUGUGGGACAGACUAGAAGAAUUUGUACGGUCACGGUCACAUUCUUGA